AUGGCCGGCUACUUCUCCAACCACUCCCAGUCCCGCUUCCUCGCCAACUCGAACACAAAUUCACAGACGACAACGGCCACGACGGCGCAGGCCACCGCCGCGACCAAUACUCCUGGCGCGGCUCGCCCGCGCGUGCCCUCUUCUAAGCACUUCUCAACCUUCGUUUCCACUUCGUCUGGAGACGAGAAGGUGCAAGGAAAGGAUAAAUCCACCGGCAACGGUACCUCCAAUGGCACCGCAUCCGUGCACCCCCUGCGAAAUACUUGGGUGUUCUGGUUUCGCCAGCAGCGCGCCCCAGGGAACAAAAUCACAAACUAUGAAGAGGGCAUCAAGAAGAUUUCCGCGUUCAGCUCUGUGGAGUCUUUCUGGUCCCUCUGGACACAUGUCCACCCACCAUCUUCGCUCCUCCCCACCACCGACUACCUCCUCUUCCACUCAGGCGUGCGCAGACCUGUUUGGGAGGACCCACUGAACCUCUCUGGCGGGAAGUGGAUCAUCCGCCUCCGGAAGGGUGUCGCCGACCGCCUCUGGGAAGACCUCAUCCUCGCAGUGAUUGGGGACCAGUUUGACGGCGUCGUGGAUUCUGCAGAGGCGGCCGGCUCGCACACGGACGCAAACACGGAGGGUGUGCCUCCGGGCGAGUGGCCCGAGAUCUGCGGGUGUACAAUUAGCGUGCGGCAAAACGAGGAUAUCAUAUCCUUGUGGAACCGACACGACUCGAAUGCUAAGUCGAAGGAGAAAAUCAAGGAGACGAUACGGAGAGUGCUCAACCUCCCUCCGUCGACAAUCAUGGAGUACAAAUCCAACAACGACUCGAUGCAGGACAAGUCCAGCUUCCGAGUCAACCCAUCAGACCGCACACCGCUGUCAUGACCCGACGUGAGGUUUUGCGUGCUCUCGCUACGAACAGUCUUCUCGGCUAGGCCUCUCUGCCUCAUGGCCCUGAUCGCUUCCGUCAUAUCGGCGACGCGACAUAUCUUGUAGCUCUAUCAUUCUAUAUCUGGAAAUCUGGUAAUACAUACCACUUGGGUCCGGUGCUGGUUUG